AUGAAGUUGCCGCUGCUAUCAUUCCGGAGCUCCCUAUCUCCGCGCAACGCCUUGUCCACACGGGCUCCACGGCUGGCAAAGAGCGGCACAAUAAACAGCUUGUCGAUACGAGCGGCAUUUGCAGAAAAUCGGCAAAUCAUCAGAUCCUACAGCGCCGUUGCUGUAUCUGCUGCCGACCUGAAGUUUGGUCAGCCCGUCUACGAGACCCAUCCUCACAUUCUUAAAGCCGGUGAACCCCAAGAAUAUGCCGACCGAAGGGCAGCGCUUGCCGACUCCAUGUCGGAGGGAGGUGUGGCAGUACUUCACGCUGCCUCCCUUCAAUACAAAUCAGGCGCCGUUUUCCAUCCUUACCGGCAGGAGUCGAACUUUCUCUGGCUAACGGGAUGGAACGAGGACGACGCUGUUGCCGUCAUUGAAAAGACGGGUCCCGGUUGGGGUGAAUACAGCUUUCACAUGUUUGUCAAGCGUAAAGAUCCCAAGGAGGAGCAAUGGAACGGCUACCGGAACGGUAUCGAAGCUGCGAAAGACGUUUUCAAUGCGGAUGAAGCCCACUCCAUAGAUGGUGUAGACAGCCUCUUGCCAGAUAUACUUCGGUCUGCUAAGCUGGUAUAUGCCGACGUUCAACCCGUGCGGGACACGAGUAAAAAUUCGCUCUGGCGAUUUUUUUCUAGUAAAGACUCGACGCACCCCGCAAGGACGCCAUUAUAUCCCGUGAUGAACAAGCUACGCGUCAUCAAGAGCGCAGCCGAAGUAGCCAAUAUGCGCAAGGCAGGUCAGAUCUCUGGGCGAGCAAUUACCGAGGCCAUGAAACAUGGCUGGGCGAAGGAAAAAGAUCUCCAUGCUUUCCUAGACUACCAGUUCAUCGUCAACGGCUGCGACGGCCCAGCGUAUAUUCCCGUUAUAGCAGGCGGCGAACGCGCCAAUUGCAUUCACUACACUGUGAAUAACAAUACAUUCAAAGACGGCGAGUUCAUACUUGUCGAUGCCGGUGGUGAGUAUGGUACCUACAUCACGGAUAUCUCGCGGACGUGGCCUGUAUCAGGAAAAUUUAGCGCAGCGCAGCGCGAUCUUUACGAGGCCGUCCUCAAGGUCCAGCGCACCAGUGUCUCAUUGUGCCGCGAAAGCGCCAGGUUAUCGCUCGAGGAUAUUCACGGCAUCACUGCACGCGGUCUCGUCGAUCAACUCAGGAGCAUCGGGUUCAAUGUGUCCAUGAGCAAUAUCGACCAACUUUUCCCCCACCACGUCGGCCACUAUAUCGGUCUCGACGUCCAUGACUGCCCUGGGUACAGCCGGCGAGAGACCCUCAAACGCGGCCACUGUGUCACGAUCGAGCCGGGUGUUUAUGUGCCGCACGACGAGAGAUGGCCGAAACACUUCCAUGGCAUGGGAAUUCGCAUCGAGGAUAGUAUAUGCGUUGACGACGACUCACCAUUUAUUCUGACGACGGAGGCUGUCAAAGAGGUGGAUGAUAUUGAGGCGCUGAGAUGA